AUGGCUGUGGCAUCUGCUGCAGAGCUGGAGCCAGUGGCACGGGUGGCAACAAGAGUCAAGGCUCUGCUCCAACAUGCCCGAAGCACAAAACCAGAGACAACAAUCGAGCCUCCUCUCAACGCUACACACCUAAUCGAAGACAUCCAAGCGCUACAUGAUGUCUUUGACGGCGCAUACGAUCAGUCGUAUCGUUUCUCUGCUGUAGAGACAGCAUUCAGAGAGAUAUUUUAUUCUCUCAUACAUUCUACCGAAAUCCACGAUCCGGCUUUUGGAGAAGUCUGGAACUUGCUGGACGUGGUUCUAAUAUGUGGCGAUGAAGGCCGAUGCGACCCUGGACUAGUAUGCUGGCUGAUCGAGGAGCUUUUGGACAGCCAAACAACGGAAGGAUGCCGAACUGUCUUCGACUACCUGGACUCGCGACGAGAGAGUCGUGCAGAAGAUGCGAUCUUUUGUGGUCGAGUUUUCUUUUUCCUGUUUCAGACAUUUCCCUUGGGAGACAAAAGCUCCGUCAACCUGCGAGGAGAGUUUCACACGGAGAACACGACGAAGUUUGAAGUAUCAGCGCCCGUAGAAGGAGAACAGAUGGACGUCGAUUUCAAAACCGGAGAAACACCAAGCGACACAAAAGAAAGCACCCCACAACCUGCCGCUCCGACAAAACCUGGGAGCAAGGCGAUCCCGAUAAAGGCAGCUCCGAAGAAGGUAGCUGAAGAAGAGGUGUUGUCCACGGAGCAGUUAUACCCAAUUUUCUGGCGAUUGCAGCACGACUUUUCCGAUCCGACGAGACUUUUUGACAACGACAAUUUCACGGUCUUCAAGAAGGGGCUGGCGUGCACGAUUGCCAAGUUCAAGAAAACUCCCACGGUGGUUCAGACAAAGUCCAGUGUAGAGGGUAGGCGCGGUACCAAACGCAAGAUGCACGGCGAUGGGGGCGAAGAAGAGAGCGACAAUACUCUCGUUGACAACUACAAUCCCAAAUACCUCACCAGCCGUGAUCUUUUUGGCCUGGAGCUUAGCGAUCUUGCCUUUCAGCGUCACAUUCUCGUUCAAGCUCUAAUUCUGAUCGACUUUCUACUAUCGUUGACGGAAAAGGCGAAGAAGCGUCUAAAUGCUGUCUCGACCAACAGGGCUUUGAUCCACGCCUUUGUCCUGAAUGAGGAAGACGCGAAGUGGGCAACGUCUACGCGAUCAACCAUCACAUCUCACCUCAACAUGUCGAACGAAGGCCGCCAUUACUGUCGUAUGGUGGAGACCGUGCUGGCGCGAGACAAGAACUGGGUGCGGUGGAAAGUGGAAAGCUGUCCAUCGAUUGUCCGCGGACCUGUAUCGACAGAAGAAGAGUUGCUCGCGAGGACUGGAGCGGCGAAGUUUACACGUCCACGUACCAUCCCCGACAAGCCGCAAAACGUGAUGAACCUCAGCUUCCUUGAUGAGGUCACAGGCGGUGGUCUGGACGCCCUGAAGCAUCCUUCUCGAUACACCGCGCCGUCGAUCGAGCAAUUGGUGGAGCAAGUCAAGACCGACAAACUCGAUGCAGAAAUGGCGAUGGACGAGGAAGAGAAGAGCAGUUACGAAAACGCUAUUCAAAACGCGAAAUGGCGGGCUUUGCGUCAAGCUCGAGCCACGAAUUUGAGCUUACUGGAUAAAGUCGAGAGCACUAAAGAUUUGGAAGAGAUCAUGAGUCCUCCUGAGCAAGCUACUGAAAAUGUUGAGGCCACUGAGAACACUGGUGAAGAUACCAACGCUCCUGUAUUAACCAUUGCGGCUGAGGAAGCGGAGGAAGCAACGGCUGUUGAGACUGAGCCUGUUGCAGUGGUAUCAGAAAGGGAAAGCGACAAGGUUAUGGCAGAGGCGGAGGCGGCAUGA